AUGGAUUUAACGCGCAGAGGACCUGAAAUGGGCGCUCGGCUGCUGCUGCUGUGGAGCUGCCUGCUGUCGGCGGUUGACGGCUCACCUCUCCUCCUGUUCGCCAACCGCCGCGACGUGCGACUGGUGGAUGCCGAGGGCGUGCGGGGCGAGUCGGCCAUCGUCGUCAGUGACCUGGAGGACGCGGCGGCGGUGGACUUCCUGUAUUCCGAGGGCCUGAUAUUUUGGACAGAUGUCAGCGAGGAGGCCAUCAAACAGACGCACUGGAAUCAGUCAUCCAACUCCCUUAAAGAGGCGCUGGGAACGGGCCAGACCGUGGUAGUGUCAGGGCUGGACAGUCCAGACGGGCUGGCCUGCGACUGGCUGGGCCGGAAGCUCUACUGGACAGACUCGGAGACCAAUCGGAUUGAAGUGGCCAACCUGGACGGCACCUCCAGGAAGGUCCUUUUUUGGAUGGACCUGGACCAGCCCAGGGCGAUCGCCCUCAACCCCGCUCAAAGCUACAUGUACUGGACGGACUGGGGAGAGGAGCCCAGGAUCGAGCGGGCUGGGAUGGACGGCAGCAACAGGAAAGUCAUAGUGGUGGUGGACAUCUACUGGCCCAACGGAUUGACCAUAGACCUGGUGGAGCAGAAGUUGUACUGGGCCGAUGCCAAACUCAGCUUCAUCCACAGAGCGAACCUGGACGGAUCGGCGCGUGAAACAGUGGUGGAGGGCACCCUGACCCAUCCUUUCGCACUGACACUGUCCCAGGAGACCUUGUACUGGACCGACUGGCAGACCCGCUCCAUCCACGCCUGUAACAAACACAGCGGGGACAAAACCAGAGAGAUCCUCAGUGGGAUUUACUCUCCCAUGGACAUCCAGGUCCUGGAGUCCUAUCGGCAGCCUUACAUCCAGACCCCCUGCAGUGACAACAACGGAGGCUGCAGUCACCUCUGCCUCCUCUCUCCAGUCCAGCCCUUCUACAGCUGUGCCUGCCCCACGGGGGUCCAGCUAAAACCAGAUGGGAAGACAUGCAAACCAGGAGCAGAACAGGUUUUGCUCCUGGCUCGACGGACUGACCUGAGGAGAAUCUCAUUGGACCUGCCAGACUUCACCGACAUAAUACUCCAGGUUGAUGACAUUCGCCACGCCAUCGCGAUAGACUACGACCCGGUUGAGGGUUACGUCUAUUGGACGGACGAUGAGGUUCGGGCCAUCCGGCGAUCCCACAUCGAUGGCAGCAAUGCCGUGAUGCUGGUUACCACGGAGAUCAACCACCCAGAUGGUAUAGCUGUGGACUGGGUUGCCAGAAAUCUGUACUGGACCGACACUGGCACUGACCGGAUUGAGGUCACCAGGCUGAAUGGAACCUCCCGGAAGAUUUUGAUUUCUGAGAACCUGGAUGAACCCAGAGCCAUCGUCCUGGACCCCAUUAAUGGCUUCAUGUACUGGACCGACUGGGGCGAGCAUCCCAAGAUCGAGCGGGCCAACCUGGAUGGAACGGAGCGGUUGGUUCUGCUCAACAGCUCCCUUGGGUGGCCCAAUGGAUUGGCGAUCGAUUACGCGGCAGGAAAGCUAUACUGGGGGGACGCCAAGACCGACAAGAUAGAGGUGAUCAACGUGGACGGCAGCAACAGGCAGACUCUGCUGGAGGACAAGCUGCCCCACAUCUUCGGCUUCACCCUGCUGGGGGACUACAUCUACUGGACGGACUGGCAGAGACGCAGCAUCGAGAGGGUCCACAAAGCCACGGCCGUGCGAGAGAUCAUCAUCGACCAGCUGCCGGAUUUGAUGGGGCUGAAGGCCACCAGAGUCACAGAGACGCACGGUACUAACGGCUGCGCGGCGGAUAACGGCGGAUGCAGCCACCUGUGUUUCUGGUGCCGGCAGGCCGUCAGCUGUGCCUGUCCCAUGGGGAUGGAGCUGCUCUCAGACCUGCAGACCUGUGUGGUGCCGGAGGCCUUCCUGCUCUUCACCAACAGGGACAACAUCAGGAGCAUUUCUCUGGGAACCAACAGCAACGACGUGCCCAUUCCUCUGACAGGAGUUAAAGAGGCCUCCGCUCUCGACUUCGAUGUGUCUGAAAGGAGAAUAUACUGGACAGACAUACAGGCCAAGACGAUCAGCAGAGCGUAUAUGAACGGCAGCUCUGUAGAACAUGUCAUAGAGUUCGGCCUGGACUACCCAGAAGGCAUGGCCGUCGACUGGAUGGGUCGCAACAUAUACUGGGCGGAUACGGGCACCAACCGCAUCGAGGUGGCCCGGCUGGACGGCCAGUACCGACAGGUUCUGGUCUGUAAGGACCUGGACAACCCGCGCUCGCUGGACAACCCCCGAUCACUGGCGCUGGACCCGGCCAAUGGCUACAUGUACUGGACGGAGUGGGUGGGUCGGCCUCGUAUAGCCAGAGCCUACAUGGAUGGUAGCACCGUCACAACACUGGUGGACAAGGUGGGCCGGGCCAACGGACUGACCAUCGACUACGUGGACCACCGGCUCUACUGGACGGACCUGGACACGUGCAUGAUCGAAAGCACCAACAUGCAAGGCCUUCAGAGGGAGAUCAUCGUCGACGACCUCCCCCACCCCUUCGGUCUGACCCAGUACCGGGACUUCAUCUACUGGACAGAUUUCAACCUGCGCAGCAUCGAGCGGGCGGACAAACGCAGCGGACUCAACCGCACGGUGGUGCUGCAGGGCCAGCUGGAGCUGAUGCUGGACAUCCUGGUGUUCCACUCCUCCCGCCAGGAGGGGACCAACGAGUGCUCCCACAACAAUGGCAACUGCGGCCACCUUUGUCUGGCCACGCCCGCCGGCGCCCAGUGCCGCUGCGCCUCCCACUACACCCUGAACCCCGACGGACGAAACUGCAGCUCUCCCUCUAGCUUCCUGCUCUUCAGCCAGAAGGCGAGCAUCAGCCGGAUGGUGCUGGGGGAGCAGAGCCCCGACAUCAUCCUGCCAAUCCACGUGCUCAGGAACGUCCGAGCCGUCAGCUACGACCCGCUGGACCGGCUGGUCUACUGGCUGGACGGGCGUCAGAACAUACGCAGGGCCAGAGACGACGGAGCCAUGUCGUCCAUGAUCGUGAGCAGCAGCGUUCAGCCGGUGGACAACCAGCUCCACGACCUGAGCCUGGACCCCUACAGCCGCCACAUAUACUGGACCUGUGAGACAACCAACACCAUCAACGUCCAGAGGAUGGACGGACACAUCGUGGGCGUGGUCCUGAAGGACGACGACGACAAGCCGCGGGCCAUCGUGGUCAAUGCCGAGAAAGGGUACAUGUACUUCACCACAGUGCAGGAGCGCUCAGCUAAGAUCGAGGGAGCCAGUCUGGACGGGACCGAGAGAGAGUCUCUGUUCACCACUGGUCUGAUCAGACCAGUAGCUCUGGCUCUGGACAAUAAACUGGGGAAACUGUUCUGGGUCGACGCCGACCUCAAACGCAUCGAGAGCAGCGACCUGACGGGAGCCAAUCGCAUCGUCCUCCAGGACUCCAACAUCCUCCAGCCGACGGGGCUGACGGUUCUGGGGGAUCAUCUGUACUGGAUCGACCGGCAGCAGCAGAUGAUCGAGCGGGUGGACAAGCUGACCGGAGAUGGACGCACGCGCAUUCAGGGACGGAUAUCAUACCUGACCUCCAUCCACGCUGUGGAGGAGAUGGACCCACAGGAGUUUGCAUCCCACCCUUGUUCCCGUGACAACGGGGGCUGCUCCCACCUCUGCAUCGCCAAGGGCGACGGCACACCGCGCUGCUCCUGUCCUGUGCACCUGGUGCUCCUGCAGGACCUGCUGCACUGUGGAGAGCCCCCCACCUGCUCCACGGAGCAGUUCACCUGCUCCACGGGGGAGAUCGACUGCAUCCCGAUGGCCUGGCGGUGCGACGGCUUCCCCGAGUGCGACGACAGCAGCGACGAGGAGAACUGCCCCGUCUGCUCGGCCUUCCAGUUCCAGUGUGACAAAGGAGGCUGCAUCGAUGCCCAGCGGCGCUGCAACGGCGAACCGGACUGCACCGAUCACUCCGACGAGCAGGACUGUGAAACCAUCUGCCCUCCAAACCAGUUCCGCUGUGGUGACAACCAGUGCAUCACCAAGAAGCAACAGUGUGACAACUACUCCGACUGUCCCGACGGAUCAGAUGAGCUCGCCUGUGAGUACGUGUCUCCUCCCUCCAGCGGCAUCCCCAGCGCCGGGCCCAACACCAUCGGCCCGGUCAUCGCCAUCAUCCUGCUCGUCUUCGUGAUCGGCGGCGCUUACUUCGUCUGCCAGCGCGUGGUGUGUCGGCGCUACAAGGGCCCCAGUGGGACGUUUCCCCACGAGUACAUCAGCGGGACGCCCCACGUGCCCCUCAACUUCAUCGCCCCCAGCAGCUCGCAGCACGGCACCUUCCAAGGUAUUUCCUGUGGGAAGUCCAUGAUGAGCUCAGUCAGCCUGAUGGGCAGCAGCAGCAGUGGAGCGCCUCUCUAUGACAGGAACCAUGUGACCGGAGCCUCGUCCAGCAGCUCAUCGUCUACCAAGGGAGCCUUCUACCCCCAGAUCCUGAACCCUCCUCCGUCCCCGGCGACUGACCGCUCUCUCUACAACACAGAGAUCUUCUACUCCUCCAACAGUCCGUCCACCACCAGAUCAUACAGACCCUACCACCCGGUCCGCGGUGCCGCCCCGCCCACCACUCCCUGCAGCACCGACGUCUGCGACAGCGACUACACCCCUCACCACCCGCCGGCCGGGCCGCCGUCAUCGGCGGGCCGCUGGAAGGCCGCGGGCCACAGCGGCCACGGCAAACACAACAAGUACUACAUGGACCUGAACUCGGACUCGGACCCCUACCCUCCGCCCCCCACCCCCCGCUCCCAGUACCUGUCGGCCGAGGAGAGCUGCCCACCGUCCCCGUCCACCGAGCGCUCCUACUUCCACCUGUGCCCCCCGCCCCCCUCGCCCUGCACCGACUCCUCGUGACCCCUCCCAGCGGCCCCCGUAUCCCCGUGAGGGAGGAUGCAGUCCGCUCGCUACAAAAGGACCGGCCUCGUCUGGCCCCCACUUUACCAGGCAAAGAACUCACGUGCCAACUUCCAGCCCUGACCGGCUCACACUCGCUGCUUUUGUUUCAGCUGGUUAGGCUCCGCCUCCGCUCAAGGUCCCCUACGUCCUGCAUCGGUCAUCUCAUCAUUCCAGUCCCCUCGGAGCUCUCAGGGGGACCAGCAUCGGAUCAGCUCUACCGGGUCCUGCUCUCACUCGGCCGUUGGAAGUCUGAGACCCUCCCUGCCCCCCCGCAGGGCACGAAGCAGGAGGCAACGUGUGAAUACGGGCUCUCCACCAAGACAGGGAAACCUCCUUCUCCAUCAAAAGACCUCCACCUGUCCAAACUCUCAGGAGCUCCUCGCCUCCACUAAAACGGCUUCUCCUUGUUGCAGGACUGUGUCCAUAGUGUUCAAGAACAAAAAUCAGAGAGGAUUAUUUCAUUCACCGCUCUGCACGGAACCACGUGAGCGAGCGACGGACAGCCGAUGAGGAUAAAAGAGGAAACAUUGACGUGUGGAGGUCUGAGUGGACGAGCGGGCGGGUGGAACAGGGCCAAGUGUGAACACGUUUUAUAUCAUGUUUGUUCUUCUGAAAUGGUAUCCCUCACAUUUCAAAUUGUGAAUUAUUUUGUCGUUGAACACGGGGGGUCGGGGGGGGGGGCUUUGAAGUGGUGGAGCUUUUCCCCAAAUCAACUAAGAGACUAAUCUGCCAACAAUCCUUCCUUUUAAUUUCCCGUGAAAGCACCGUGUGACAACAACAUACCAAAUGAAUAUCGACGUGUAAAGCUAUUGUACAUAUGUGUAAUGAAGUCAAGGAUUGAGUUGUGAGAAGUGAAUAUGAACCUCUGCCGUCGCGUCUUUUCACCCUCGUCGUCCCGUUUACCAAAAGUAUGUUUGCUGCUAUCGUGUACAUACUCUUAUCAGUUAUUAUUAUGACGUAUAAUUAAACAGAAAGCCCCACAUUUCCACUCUCAUACUGACAGUAGAUCAUGAAGCUAUUUUACAGUUAAUAACAAAUUAUUCUUAUAGCGGCUUUUGUUAUUCGUAUUUCUGUUUGUGUGUAGAUGAAUUGCGUAUGUGUCAGUGUGUCGUCGUGUUUGGGUUUGAAGGAGUCUUUUAGUUCAGAGCUGCAGGAAUCGAACCGACGGUCUCGGUGUGCUGGAGAUGCAUUUGUGGUUGUUCAGAAUCCGCCAGGGCUCGGAUCAGACGGACGAACAUGAAUUUCUUUUGUAAUUUACUGUUUUUUAUCUUGAGUUGCAUGCAUACUAAUAACUGAAGUACGCAAAUUAAGGGACGAAUGCAUCAGCGGUGGCUUCUCGUUUGAACCAGUGAAGUGAACCACCUUCCAAAAAUGAUUAAAAAACGUCGCCACUGCAGACCUGAAGCCAAAGGGUUGAUAGGGAGCUUUAGGUCUUUUUUUCAAUACAUGGUGCAGCAUGUUUUCUUGUUUUCUUUCCCCCGCAUCAUUUUAUAUGUGGAGACCAACAGUGUCUCCAGGGUCAACCCAGCACUUAAUAUCAUUAUGUUGUAAUAUUAUCUGCACGACGCCUGGUAUCAAAAAGUGGGAAGACGUUUUAUGCACUUACAAAAAAAAAGAAAGAUCUCAUUAUUUCCCAGGAAAUCAAGGAAGGAGGAGACGGUAUGAGCUGUGGAGUCAACGCAGUAUAAAUAGAGAGAGAGACCACCAGCCGGCCUUGUUGUGACCUCGGGUCACAGUUUGAGCCACAGGACUCCACCGUCCUCCAUGCUGUCAGCGACCUUUCUGGAGCUCUGAGCAACUCAUUUAUAUGUUAAGGGCUGCAGGCCCACCUCAAACCACUGUCAGUAAAAACUCCUUAAAACCUGUAUUUGUUGUCUCCGUUAAAAAUGCUUUGUGUAAUGUACACUUGUGACAAUUUUUUUUGUAUCAAAAGCAUUUUUAUAUAAUAAAGGUUCUAUUUUAAGGAA